AUGAAGGAGAUGCUCCGGAUAGUAGGCAUGAGCGACUGGGUGUACUGGCUGAGCCACUACCUCAGCGCCUUCUUCAUGCACCUGAUUACAGUGACGCUCAUGAUGCUGUUCGUGUGUGUCAAGAGAAAUGCCGAAGGACGAGCCUUCAUCCAGUCCAGUGACCCUCUGCUGCUCUUCUGCAUCCUAAUGUGCUUCUGCAGCUCGUGCAUCAUGCACGCUACUCUGCUGUCCAUGUUCUUCGCCAGUCCUCACUCGGCCGUGGCCGGAGCCAUGCUCUACUGGACGUUAUGCUGCAUCAUGCCGUUCCUCGCACUGGAGAACGCCGGCGGUGAGGGCUACCGGUUCAUCAGCCGCGAGCAGAAACUUGCCACGUCCAUCUUCCCCGCCAUGAGCCUGCACUGGAGCUUCCGCGUGCUCGAACGCUUCGAGAAGUUUGUGGAGUAUGGCGCCAACUGGGGCAACUUCUCCGACCGUAGCGUCACUCCGGACAACGUGACACUGGCCGAGAUCGUGUUCAUAGGCUUCACGUGCGAUUGCAUCAUAGCGAUCGCCGUCUGGUAUCUAGACAACGUGAUGCCCGUUGGACCAGGAAUCGCCAGGCCUUGGCUUUACCCAUUCCAGGUGAGCUACUGGAUACCCGCCACAACUGUAAUCGAGCCACCUGCGUUACCGGAACAAGAGAUGCACAACUUCGAACAAGAUCCAAAGGGCAACCUGGUGGCAAUCCAUAUUGUGCAGGCCACUAAGCGCUACGAAGACCUGGUCGCUGUACAAGAUGCGAACCUGAGAAUCUUCGAGAACCAGAUCACGGUGCUACUCGGCCACAACGGCGCUGGCAAGACCACGCUACUGAGCAUGGUCACUGGUUGGACCAGAUGCACCACUGGCAUCAUACUGGUGGGCGGUUAUGACAUCACGACCUGCACCAAGGAUGCUCGGAAGAGCUUCGGUUACUGCACCGAGAACAACAUUCUCUUCGAUGACCUGACAGUAGAGGAACAUUUGGUCUUCUUCGCCGUCUGGUAA